AUGGACUGUGCGUCGAGUCACCUUGUCGCUGUCGCGCUCUGCAGCCGCCAUCUUUCUCCUCUCCCUGGACGUGUCUCUGCUAACAAUGUGCUCUUGCAGCUACGAUGCGAUGUUGUCCAGGAGCCCUUUCAGACAUGCACCCGCUGCAAGCGACUCAAUCUUGAAUGCAAAAUUGAGGACAGUUUCAAGAGGAUUGGCAAGAGAUCACGAAAUGCAGAAAUGGAGCGCGAGAUCAUUGAGCUGCGAAAACAAGUGGCGGCACAACAGCAGACCACGGAUGUGGCGAAUGGGUCUCAUACAAAUGGCAAUGCAAAUCUGCAGCCAUCGCCCUCCGGAGACGGGACCUUUACUUCAGAUGCCGCUGCUGCGGGACUACUCGACCUACGAGGUGGCGGCCCAGGAAGGCCAAUCUUCAAGCGGUUGGAAGAGGUGACUUUGACCAUCGACCGGGCCCAGGAGCUCUUCCAGCGCUUCUUCACCUUCCAUCAUCCAUUUCUCCCUUUCCUCAACCCUGACAGAACUCCGGAUGAAUACUACGCCAGGUCCCCUUUGCUGUUUUGGACUAUCAUUUCUGUGGGCGCUCGACACUAUACGCCCGAGCCCGACCUAUAUGGAUCUCUCACUGGACCCGUCAUGCGGCUUGUUUGGUCAACCGUCGCCGAGGUCCCUCAAAAUUAUCACAUUGUCAAGGCUCUCAUCUUACUGUGUGCUUGGCCUCUACCUACCAGCAGCACGUCGACAGACCCAACCUUCAUGCUCUGUGGGAUGAUGAUGCAGAUAGCCCUACAGAUUGGUCUGCACCGUCCAACUCACGCUCAAGACUUCUCGAAAUUCCGAGUCGAACUGAGAGAAGUGGAACUGCAGGAUCGGGUUGUGGUUUGGAGCGUGUGCAAUAUUGUCGCCCAGAGAAUAUGCACCGCAUAUGGGCAGCCCCCUCUGAGCAUCUACGAUUGGACCCUCGGACCAAAACCGAUUGAGACGAAUCCCAACUACGAACUCCCGGCCCCCAUCUUCAAUCGGUUGCUGAUUGAAAAAUUCGUCGACAAGGUCUCAAGGACGCUCUACAUGAAUCCACACGAUCCCGUCGGGCUCGCGGCUGAUACGGAGCGGCCCACGUACGUUUCUUUUCUCGCACACGAGUUGGAGGAGCUUGAAGACAAGUUACGCAAGGACACGUCGCCAAUCACAAAGGUAUACCUCAAGGCGGCUGAUCUGCACAUGAGAUUGAGUGCCUUCUUCUCGCCGCCGUCACUGCCUUCAUAUCGGACCGACAUGCUAAAGCUGUACUAUGCCACGACUGAUUUCCUCGAGACAUGUCUCAGCUUAGAGUCCAAUGUCAGCGUCAACCUGCCUUCAAGCUACUCCCAUGGUCUGUCGCUGUCGCAUGCGACAAACUACAUAUUCCACAUGAUGCUCGGGGCAGGGUUCUCCCUCCUCAAACUGAUGCACAAUUUCCUGGGUGAACACGAGCUGGAUGCCAAAGGAGCAUCUGAACUCCUCUCGAGAACGGUGUGGGCACUGAGAAACAUGAGUGUGGUGGAGAAUGACCUUGCAGAGCGGCUGUCGGAAGUGCUAGCCCAGGUUUGGAAGAGCGGAAGGGUGCGUGCAGAGCCGAACCGUAACAACAUUGGCGAAGGUGUCCCCGACGACAGUUUGCAGCUCAAGGUCAAGUGCCGGAUGUCCAUGUCUGUGGUGUUUGACUCUGUUUGGCAGUGGCGGCAGAACUUCCAUUUCCGUGGCGGGAAACCUUCUGAUGGUAUCCGCGAUGGUCCCAUUUCGUGUGAGGAUGAUUCUGACCGAUUAACAGUGAGGCAACGCAACCCUACCCUUGAGCAACCUGACAAUCAAAUCGUCAUCCCGUCAUCAAGCAUGGGCUCGAAGCCUGCAAUGAAUGAUCCCAUGCUGCCCAACUCUACCAUCGUGCCGGGCAUGGCUGGAAUGCCCACUGGCAUGGUUGACGAUGUGGGCAUGGACUUUGGCCAGGCGAGCUAUGACGUCUUUGAUCCGUUGAAUUGGAUGCUGGAUGGGAUAGUGGAUUUUCCUUACAACUUCAACAAUGUGCAGGGGAACGAGCUCGCGGGCAUGGAGUCACUUGGGGGAGGCAUGUGA